AUCAGUGAAAUUUUUAACUACCUUAGUGCCUUCUGUCCAUUUCGUCAUAUCGGUCCUAUCGCGGUAAGCACAUGGGCAUGAUUAGGAAAAUGAAACGAAAUCGACUGGUGCUGUACGUGACGUUGGGGUUACUUUGUCUGCUGGUGGCAGGCAGUUUCUUAAUUCACACUCAGUGCCUCAAACCAUCCAUCAGUUACUACUCGAUCCUGGAAGAUCACAUUCGUCAACGCCAAACGGAAGAUCGUUCCAAAUACGUCCUACUGUAUACCAACUUUUUCGAUGUGAAGAACUGGAAACUAACGGCGGAAACCGUCGGACCGGAUUACUUCCAGUCGAUCCAUUGUCCGGAAAAAGAUUGCGUCCUGACCAAUAACCGGGAACUACUACCGGCCAUAACCGACUACGAUGCACUGGUAUUCCACAUAGCCGAACCAUGGGCGUACUCAUUGUUUGAAAAGGUGCCCAAGCUGCGAUCCCCUCGGCAAAUCUACGUGGCGGCAAACAUGGAAUCCCCUGCACAUACCAAGCAUCUGUUGGCCGGGGAUCACGACUUCUUCAACUGGACCAUGACGUACCGGUUGGAUUCGGAGGUCGUUUGGAACUACAACAACUUUGUCGAUGUGGAAACGGGGCUGGUGGUAGGUCCCAGCGACCGGCCUCAGUGGCGGACGGACUUUGAUGAGUACUACAACGAAACGUUGCUGGAGAUGGCGAUGGAGAAGAGCAAAAUGGGGGUGCAAUUUGUGUCACACUGUGGGACCAUUUCCAAACGGGACGAUCUGGUGCGUGAAAUUCAACGGCUGAUGGAGGUGGAUGUCUACGGGAAGUGUGGAACCUUGACAUGUCCCCGCGGAUCUCCCCGUUGUGCCCAGAUGCUGACUAGCGAUUAUCGGUUCUACUUUGCUUUUGAGAAUUCCCUCUGUCGCGACUACAUCACCGAGAAGGUGUACAACGUCAUGGACACCAGUUUCAUCGUUCCGGUCGUUUUCGGCGGAGCAGACUAUUCCAAGUUCCUGCCGCCCUAUUCGUACAUCGAUGCGCAACAGUUUGCCAGCGUGCCGGAGCUGGUCGAUUACCUGAUGUACCUAGCGCAGAACCCCAAGGAGUAUGUUAAGUAUUUUUGGUGGAAGGAUCACUACCGGAUCACCGGUAGUCAACCGUUUUGCGAUCUGUGUCGCAAGUUGCACGCCAUUGGAACGCGGGAAAGGGUGCAGUACUACACGGAUAUCGAUGCGUGGUGGUUCGAUGGGGCCUGUCAAGCCGAAGCGAAAAUAAAGUUUUGAAAUCGGA